AAGUACAGCUAUUUUUAAUUUUUUAUAUACCAAAGGGGAAUUACUAUUGCUUGUAAAUGACUAUGUGGAAUCUAGCCAAGCGAUAUGCUUCACAGCGUGAUUAAAUUAACGGUUAAAACUGAUAAGAUUCAAAACCUUUCAAUAGCUAUAUGCAAGCGGCAUAUUCAGGGAUGGAGGAAGAAUCGGCUAAGAGAAAAGAAAGGCUUCAGGCCAUGCGCAUGGCAGCAGUGCAGAGCAACACAGACCCAGAAAAAGGCAAAGAAAGCUCGCAGUCUGCUCAAGGGCUUCUCUCCAAUCCUUUAAUCGACUCCUCGGUCACACCCACAUCUCAUAACCCUUCCAGGUUUGAUUAUUACACUGACCCACUUGCUGCUUUCUCUGGUAACAAGAAAAAUGGAAGGACCAAUCAAAAUAAUAGCAAAAGUACUCUUAGUGAAAGCCCGAAUGGAUACCCUAAUAAACCUAGGGCGAUGCUAUCUCCUACGAAUGGUUCUACUCCCAUUGGAUCCUAUACCCAGCAGCAAGAUUUUCAGCCAGUGAAUCCAUUGAGCCCUGCAGCUCGAGCGCCUUUUGGGUCACCUAUUUCUAGAAACAACCUUUUUUCUGGCCCUCAGUACUACAGUAGUCCUUGCGGGCUUUCUACUUCAAGCAAUGAAAGCCCUCUGCCCAUGCCCCCUGUUCCAAGGUUUAAUCACCCAUCAUCCCCAUUAUUGCGGCAGCAGCAGCAAAAUCAAAGCAGUCCCCAUCACAGGGGUUUCUUCAAUUCUUACAAUGGAAGUCCGUUGCCCAUGUCCCCAGGCCCAAGAUUCAAUACUUGGUCACAACAAUCCAAUUCAGAGCCAUCGCCAUCCCAAAGUAGCACACAACCUAGAGGGUUUUACAAUUCAAGCAAUGAAAGUCCCGCGUCCAUGACCUCUGAGCCAAGAUUUAGUAACACCCCGCGUAAUGAUAAUUUUUGGUCACAACAGCCCCAUUCACAACAACAGCAUCAGCAAAGUCAAAGCGGUUCGCAACCCAUGCAUUAUUAUAAUUCGAGUACCGAAAGCUCUGUGCCCUUGACCCGUGUUCCAAGAUUCAGUCCUGACCCCAACAUGAAUAGCUUUGGGUCACCGGAAAUUCCUUCCCAGACUUUGCCCCCAUUACAGCAGCAGUAUCAACAACAUCAGAGUGGUUCACAACGUAGACACCACAAUGGGAGUUCAUGGCACGAUCCUCGGAGAAGCCCAGGUGGUAGAGGGAGCCCUCGUUCAGUACCCCAUGGGAAUGGUAGUCCUAGCUCCGGCUUCAGCGGAAGAGGUGUUUCCUGGUCCGAGCCAAGGGGAAGUUCAGGUGGCAGGGGACAAGCUUGGAUGAACCCCAGAGGUAGGGGUGGCCGAGGUUUAGGAGGAUCUCCCAGCCCUAAUCAUGGUCGGGGAUCUCGUGUUCAUGCUUCUGCCAGUGAAAGACCAGAUUUAUUUGUUAAAAAAUCCAUGGUGGAGGAUCCAUGGAAGAAUCUUGUUCCUAUACUAAUGGAUAGCUUGGCAGCCACUGGAAUUGGUAACACUAGUACAUUUAGGAGCAAAGGAAGUUGCUCUGAUUUAGAUAAUUCAGGAUCAUUGCAACCUGGGUCGAGUAGUUUGAAAAAGCCAAAAAUUUCACAAAUAAAAGAGGAUUUUCAGUCUGGUCCAAGCCUUGCAGAAUCUCUAGCCCUUGCCUUUUCUGAUGCUAUCCGAGAGGAAUCCUGCAGCUAACUGGUAUGAAAUUCUUGUACGAUAUAUAUUUCUCAGAACUGUUGUUUUUCACAAAAAUGUUGUCUUGUCUUAUGCAGAGUAGAUGAUUAUAAUUGUUUGUUAGAAUCAUUAUUGGUUCUCAUAUUUAUACAAGAAUUCCAUUCCUUGGGUCACCAAUAAAUAAUGGUUUCCAAUAAAUGAAAAUUCUUAGAGGUGUAAUAAGUGCACGGUUCUUGCACUUCCCAAGACAGCGAUGAAUUCUGAUCUCCUUAUUAAUGAAAGGUCUGCAUCUGCAUGUAAUAAUAAGUCAUGAGCAAAUUUUGCUGUCUUCACAGUAGAAGGUGUAUCAUUAGUCAUGAGCAAGUUUUGCUUGUACUGAGAUUCCCCCAGCCCUAGAGCUGCUACAUAUAUGUGACAUUGCUGGUCUCUGACCCUAAUCUCUUGCUCUUUCAUCACUUGGACUCUAUGUAUUCAUACAUAGAUUACAGGGGUUGGGGUUUGACUGCUUCUGAUUUAUCCCUUAUUUUUUUAUUUACUUUAUAUAGUUGUUUGUGUUGA